AUGAACAUCUCCGAUCUGUUGGAUUCUUGCCAAGCAGCGUCGAAUCCGCAACCCGAUGCCGCGAUUCCAGGGCCUCACCUUGCCGAUGCAGCGACUACGUUAGCGGCUGCUUCGAUUCAAACGGGAAGCAAGUCACAAGUAGCAGCAUCCAGGCAGCAAAAGACCCGAAGUUCCAGAGUGAGACCCCAGCGCAAGCCUACGACUGGAUCAAAACGCAAGCUCAAAACCUAUUUGAAUGCCACGCAGAAAGCGGAUCGAGAAGCGCACGCAGCUUUCGAGUCUCGAGUGUUCAACCUGACACUGGACAUCAACGAGCAGCUGAUCCGACUGCUAGAAGAACGCCGCGACUUGCACGCUACACAGCUAAUGGUAGCUCGGCAACACUUCGAGAACGGAAUCUACCGCGUGAUGGAGCGAUACAUGCGCGUCUUCGGAGCACUAUCGAGACGUCGGACGUGUAAUGAGCUCACUGAGUUCCUGGCACACGUGGAUCCGUGCAUGUUGGGGCCCGAUAUGAACGCCAAAGGAGGUCUCCCGUUCUUCGUGUGGCAGUGGGGAUGCUACAACAACCGGUUCCACCACUGGCAGUUCAAGGAUAUCUCGACUCGCAUCGUCACCUUCAUUGAAGACGACGACGUUGAAGUGGACAGCGAGCUCAAUACUACCAGUAGCAUUGGACCGGGUCCCGGAGGCUGUGUGGUGGAAACUGUGGGCGAGUUCACGGGAAGCCCGACUCGAGCGAUGGUAGCUGCGAUGCUCCCCAACUUACUGUCGGACGGAGGCUUCACGGCGUUGCUCACAUUGCAAACCAUGCACUUCCCAGCCCGAAUAUUCGUGUAUUUCGAUGCGAGAGGGAACAUUGUGAAGCACGUGCUGGAGGCGGAUGCCUUUGCUGCACUGCACGCGAUUGUGGAGGCGAAUCCAGGUCGAGAUACGAGUUCGGCUCCGAAUGAGCGCUUCGCUGAACUUCCAGUUGUAUCUACCGCUGCUUUAGAACCUACUAGCGACGAAACAGGCGUGUCAAGUGGAGCAUUUACUGAUGGAGGGAGUCAGGCGUCAAGCACAGGAAAGCGAUACGACGUGGACUACAUUUUGAACUAG